AUGGCAAGAACCAAGCAGACCGCUCGUAAAUCUACCGGAGGCAAAGCCCCAAGGAAGCAGCUCGCUACUAAAGCCGCACGUAAGAGCGCCCCGGCCACCGGUGGAGUGAAGAAGCCUCAUCGUUACAGGCCCGGCACUGUGGCUCUGAGAGAGAUCCGCCGUUAUCAGAAAUCAACCGAGCUGCUGAUCCGCAAACUUCCCUUCCAGCGUCUGGUGAGAGAAAUCGCUCAGGACUUCAAGACGGAUUUGCGCUUCCAGAGCUCUGCUGUCAUGGCCCUGCAGGAGUCCAGUGAGGCUUACUUGGUCGGUCUUUUCGAGGACACCAACCUGUGCGCCAUCCACGCCAAGAGAGUCACCAUCAUGCCCAAAGACAUCCAGCUGGCCCGCCGUAUCCGCGGAGAGCGCGCUUAA